CAGGAGUGCAGCGGAGAACACAACACGCAGGUUCUUUGUGCGACUGGAAAUGCUCUACACCGCGGACGAAUAUAAACCGGAGCCACACAUCCCGUUGUAUCACUCGAGAUGGCUGCCUCAACCAGAACCGUUCUCCUUCUCUGCUUGGCCUUUGCGGUUGUGGCCGCGGUGGCGCAGGAGUCUGCUGACGCGCCGCCACCAGCGCUCCCUAGCGGGGGUGCCGCAAGCAACCAGGAGCCGGUGCAGCCAGUGGCAGGCGACGGAGCUGCUGGGGACCAGGCGCUGCAAGACCGCUGGGGGAUAUCUGCGAGCUUCCAUACCGGCUGAGCAGCCUACUGCCGCGUCCAAGAAAUCAGAGAGCUCUGCUUUCUUUUAAACUUUUCUAUUUCUUCUACAGUUUAAACAUUUAACAUUAUUCCUGUUCCUGUAUCGAAAGGGACCUCUUCUUUUCUCAGAAACUAUAAAUGAACAUGUGUUACAAAAGAAUAAAUAAAUUUUAGCAUUCAGAAAGGU